CUCCGGGACGCUGUGCAUGUACACUCACCGAGUCUCCGCUGUCACUGUUGCCGUUUUUAAACGCACAUGCUGUUUGUCGACCGCCCGGUAACGGAGCAUAUGCUGCCAUGAGUGCUUUGUGUCGUCUGAUCCAGAGAGGACUGCUGGGCGGCCGGCAAUCGUGUCGUUUAUCCCCCGGACAGCAGCAUGUCUGCGGGGUUGCUCCUACGGUCCGGACCGCCAGCUCAUCCAGCCCAGUCAGUUUGACCUAUGAUGUCUUCGAUGGGAAAGGAGAGAGCACUCCCCUGGUGUUUCUUCAUGGCCUUUUUGGCAGCAAAUCUAACUUCCACUCAAUAGCGAAGUCCUUGGUGCAGCGCACAGGCCGAAAGGUGCUGACUGUAGAUGCCCGUAACCAUGGCAACAGCCCUCACAGCUCGGUGCUGACCUAUGAAGCGAUGGCCGGUGAUUUGAAACACCUCCUCGCUCAGCUGCGCAUCGAGAAGUGCGUCCUCAUCGGCCACAGCAUGGGAGGGAAAACAGCCAUGACAACUGCUCUGUCGCAGCCUGGUUUAGUGGAGAGAUUGGUGGUAGUGGACAUCAGUCCAGCCCAGACCACCACACGCACCAACUUCCGUUAUUACAUCCAGGCCAUGCAGGAAGUGAAGAUCUCCAGUGACAUUCCACGUUCCACCGCCAGGCGGAUGGCUGAGGAUCAGCUGCGGAGUUUGGUCAAGGAGCACUCUGUGCGUCAGUUCCUGCUCACUAACCUGGUGGAGCAGAACGGACACUAUGCUUGGAGGGUCAACCUGGAGGCCAUCUCAGCACACCUCGAUGACAUCAUGAGUUUCCCCAGCUUUAACACCCGCUAUGAGGGACCUACACUGUUUUUGGGUGGAGCCAGUUCUGCUUAUAUCAGCUCUGAUGAUUACCCAGAAAUCCAGAGGCUUUUCCCUGUUGCUGACAUCCAGUACAUCCCAGACGCGAGCCACUGGAUCCACGCAGACAAACCCUUAGAUUUCAUCAGCUCCAUCAUCUCCUUCCUUCAGUCGUAGCUGCCCCCAGUCUACACCUCAGAACUUUUUUUAAUGCUCAGCGCCUCUGAGAGUCCGCUCGCCGAAAACCAAGGUGAGAAUUCAGCAGCUUCAGCAAGAGCGAGUGGAGUCAUUAAAGAUGCUAAUAUUUGCAAACACUGGACCAAACUCGCCCUUUUACAGCAGUCAGUUCUUACCUUUUAACAGUGUCAAAUGUAGUGUAGUGUAGUGUAGCGUAGGCUUUCUUUUGUUUAGUCUCUCUGCCAGACAGGUAGUGUUACUAGAUUGGCUGGUUUCUAGAUGUGUUUUCAUUGGUUUUUAGAUCAGUAGGUAACAAUGAAAAUAUCUGGAAUUUAACAUAAUGGGGCUGUUUUGGAGGUGAUAUACUAAUCCAAAGAAACUCUCAUUUGCACAGUGCUUUCUUCAUGUCAAUACAUUUAUGCCAGUGUAAUAGAAAAGUGGAUUUAGGCCAAGUACAAUCUGGGACCGCAAAAAUGGACCAGCAGUAAGAAAGUUUUGACAUCACUGGAAUGAAACACAUACUGUAUAUCUGAGAAGCUCUUCGUGAAGAGAAGGGAAGAAUGUGCAAAGCAAAAAUAGUUUCUUUGCCCAGGGGGGCGGUUAUCGGGUUAUCGUGGUGUCAUGUGUCAGGAGGCUUUCGCUCUGUAAAGAGGCUGUAAUAUAGACUUAAUGUGUACAGAUGGUUUGUUGUAGAAAUUUGAUAAUAGAGAUAUAUUCAGUAUUUUGUUUUGGUUUUAAUUCUCCCUCAUCUUCUCCUCUGUGUAUCUGCUGAAUGGCAGAGAUGAGGAUUUCACAGGUCUCUUACUCUGUCACUACUCGAGCUCAUCAGGAGCACUGGUUAUAUUUUUAUUCCAACAUAAUCAUCGAUGAAAACCAAUCUGAAACGCUCAAAGUGCAGUAUUGUCACAAUCUGUUCCCUGAAGAUCUCAGGUUACAACUGGACAUGCUAGUCAUUCUACUCCUCUACUCUUCUUCUGUCUGUCUGGCAAUAAGCCGUGGUAACGUCGUUGUGUCUUUGUAUUUGCUCAGUCCAAUCUGUGUUUUGAUGAAACAUGUUUUACUGAUUUAUUAUCUUUAUCUCACUUAUCUUUACAACUAAGGCGCAAGACUCGAUGGGUAUUCUCACAAAUAUAUGCUGCAACAAUGUACCUUGUUAUCUGAUCGUGAUAGUGUUAAUGUCAUUUCUGUUUCCAUGGGUUUGAACAGUACAGUCCAGUAGUGAAACUGCCAUCUGUAUGAAUAAGCAGGGUGUUGUAAAUUUGUAUGUGCCUCUUUUGUCAAGAGCUCCUUUUCCAUUUCUGUAAAACUUGAUUAAAAAAAAAGGAACAUUU